AUGUCGAAACGAACACAUAUUCGUCGACGACAAUAUAGUGAGGAUGAAGAUGAUAGUCAACCAGUUAAUGAAGAUAGUAAUGAACAAAAUUCAAAUGAUGGUUCUGAUAGUGGAACAUUAAUUGAAGAUCUUAAAUUAAUUCAAAAACUUCGUCAACGUAAAAAAGAAAAAUUGAUGCAUCCAAAUGAUCCAUUUAAAUUAAAAUCUGGUGGUCUUAUUGAAAUGAAUACAAUUAAACAGCAACAACAACAGCAACGUGGACGUUCAUCAAAAGAUAUAAGUACAAUCAAUAAUAAUUUUGCUCGAGAAACAAAUACACGUGAUGAAGAUACUGAAAUGCAACGUUAUAUUGAAGAACAACUUGUUAAAAUCCAACAAAAAUCAUCAUCAUCAACAACUACAACAUCAAAUUUAUCAUCUAAUGAUGAAUUAAAAGCUGUUUUUGCUACAUUAAAAAAACCUGAAGAUACUCUAUUUCAUGUUAGUAAACAUUUAAUUACAGAUCAUUCAACACAAGCAUCGGAAGAAAUGCUUUCAGAACAAAUGUUAAGUGGAAUACCUGAAGUUGAUAUUGGUGUUGAAGAAAAAAUUCGUAAUAUUGAAGAAACAGAUAAAGCUAAACGAAAACUAUUACAAACCUUAUGUGAAAAAAAAGGUGCAGAAAAAAAAAUAUCAACAAUUAUUUCACAAUCAACAGCACCAAUUAGUUUAUUAGCUGCUAGUACAACUGUUAUACCGCCAACACCAACAAAAACCGCUUCAGUUAGUUUUGUACAACAUAAACGAUUUAAUACCGAUGGAAUGGAAAUUUUAAACGCAAAAAGAUUAAAACAAAAUCAAAUAAAAGAUAUUGUUAAACCACAACCAGUUGUUGGAAAUAAAGAAAAACAUCCAACUUUAUUAAGAGAUCCUAGACCAACUUCAGCACCAGAAAAGCCUUUAUCUGAAACGGCUACUGAUGAUCUUGUAUUCGAUCAAUUUCGUAAGAAUCUUCAUGGUUCAAGAAAUUGGAAAAUUCGUCAUGCUUAA